UAGCUGUGUCUUAUUCUGCAUCCAUGGACCAGGUUGGAAUUGGAAGCUCUUCUAUCUAUCUCUAUUCUCUAGUCUUUUUCGCACAAGUCAUUUCUUUCUACUUCCAUUCACCAUAACGAAACUGCAAGCUACUAGUACAUACAUACAUGAUUCAUCUCUCUCACACUCUCUAAUUUUCUCUCUCUGUCCCCUACCACUACACAAAACACUCAUCCAAUAUAAUAUUCUUUUUAUCUCAAGCGGUGGAACACUCUUCUCCACCAGUACCACCAUCCAUCUUCUUCUUCUUCUUCUGUCCACCAUACAUAGUAUUUGGCUAUUUGUAUUAUUUAUCAUGUUCAUUGUGCAGUGAAAAUUUGGAAGUGUUUUGAGUUUGGCAUCUUCUGAUGCUGCUUCAUUUAUAAUUAUUGUCAUCAAGUUUCAGUCUCAUUCUGGAUCAGUGAGCUGAUUCUCUUAAUGUCAAGAUAAAAAAACAACAACAAAGGUUUGAUCUUUAAUUACCCGAAGCAAUUGAUCACAGUUUCAAUGAAUUUGUCUAUGAAAUUUGACAAUUGGGUAUGAGUGGUAGUUUCAGAUUUUUAGCAUAGCUUGAAAACAUGAACAGAAGAAGUGUUAGGACUAGGAAAGCUCCAAUUCCGAUUCAGUAGCACAUGAAAAAAAAGUAAUUGAAGUUUGGUAUAGUCAGAAGUCAGAAAAGGGUACAUUCAUGUCGUUUGUGUGUUUGAAAAACAGUUUGUACAGUAAUAGCCCGAGCUCAUUAUUUUUAUUAUUAAAGUAUCUGAGGAGAGUAUCAGCUUUCUAAUUCACAAACUCUGGCUUCAGUUUCAAUGAGAGAAAAAAAAAGGUAUGGCACAGAUCAGUUUAUGGUGUUAAAGAAGGUGUAUUAAGAAAAGGAAAAAAAAAAAGAGAGACUGUUUCAUAAUCCAUGAUUAGUGAUUGAAUCUGAAUUCCAUUGUUUCCCCCUUUGUUAGCCUCUUUGAUUUGAUUUGAUAUUUGUUCUUGUAUUUUAUUUUGUUUCUUUGAUGGAUUCUAACUUGUUCUGCAAUGAAUGAGAAGGUAGAUGAUGCAGGGAAGCUUGAGAAAUGCAAAUAAAAGUGGAAAAGCUUCUAGCAGAGAAAGAAAAUUGGCUUUGCAACAAGAUGUGGAUAGGUUGAAGAAGCAGCUUAGGCAUGAAGAGAACAUUCAUAGAGCAUUGGAGAGGGCUUUCAACAGACCCUUGGGAGCUUUGCCUCGUCUUCCGCCUUAUCUCCCUCCCUAUAUACUAGCCCUUCUGGCUGAAGUGGCAGUUCUAGAAGAGGAAAUUGUUAGGCUUGAAGAGCAGGUUGUGCAUUUCAGACAGGAUUUGUACCAGGAAGCUGUCUACAUGUCAUCUUCUAUGAGGAAAUUGGAAAAUUCAGUUUCAGCUCCUCCAAACAAGUCAAAUCCAACAUUAGAUAGUCCCAAGUUGGAUAAAUUGAAGUCUCUUACCCAAACAGCUGAGGAUAGACAAGGGAAAGAGAAUCAAUCAUGUACUAAUUCUUCCAAGAGCAGGCAGCAAUCAUCCAAUCAAAUGAACAAAACUCCAAUUAAAAACAUUGACAGUAAAUCAUUGAAGAAAAGGUUGGAUCAUCCAAAAAGAAAGCAAGAACCAAGGGUGAACAACCAGCAAAUUGCAGAUGUAAGAAAUCAUAGUCCACAUAAAAAUUCACCAGAAGCUCAGAGUCCAAAUAUAAUUUCAGAAAAUAUUCUGAAGUGCUUAUCAAACAUUCUCUUGAGAAUGAGUGCCGUGAAGAAUCCAGGUUCUACAUGUGACAUGGCACCCUUGUGGGAUCUAAAGCCUCAAAACUGUGAUGAAGAAGCAGAUUUUUGGGAUCCAUAUGGCAUCUGUUUGGAAUUUGGGAAGAGGCAUAUUGGUCCAUACAAGCAAUUAUGUGCAAUUGAUGCCAAAUCUUUCAAUCCAAAACGAACUGCAAAUACUUUAUUUUUACUACAUCGGUUGAAACUACUUUUUAGGAAAGUAGCCUCUGUCAACUUGGAAAACCUCAACCAUCAGGAGAAGCUUGCAUUCUGGAUCAACAUCUACAAUUCGUGUAUGAUGAAUGCAUUCAUAGAGAAUGGCAUACCAGAGAAUCCUCAAAUGGCUGUUGCACUAAUGCGGAAGGCAACAAUAAAUGUUGGUGGGCACGUGCUAAGUGCAACAACCAUAGAGCAUUUCAUUUUAAGACUUCCUUAUCACUGGAAAUUUACGUUUUCCAAGGGAACAAAAAAUCAUCAAAUGACAGCAAGAAGCAUAUAUGGACUGGAACUGUCAGAACCCCUUGUGACAUUUGCUCUCUCUUCUGGAACUUGGUCCUCUCCUGCUGUGAGAGUUUACACAGCAUCCCAGGUUGAGAAUGAACUAGAAGUGGCCAAAAGAGAGUACUUACAGGCAGCAAUUGGAUUUUCAACUUCAAAGUUUGCUAUCCCAAAGCUGCUGGAUUGGUAUUUGCUGAACUUUGCAAAAGACUUGGAAUCAUUGCUGGAUUGGAUCUGUCUCCAGUUACCAAGUGAACUGGGGAAAGAAGCCAUUAAAUUCCUUGAGGAAAGAAAAACCGAGCCCUUAUCACAAUUUGUACAAAUUAUGCCAUAUGAGUUCAGCUUUAGAUACUUGAUAUGCACAUAAUUUCACCCUCGUUUUCUGUACAUUGCUUCAUUGCAAUUUUGUAUACAACAGUAGAUCAUACAUAUAAAAAUGUACAUGAUCAUCUGUUCUCUACUCCCUUUGGGAGAAAUGUUCAGAUUCCUUCUUAACUAAAGUGAAUAAAACAAUCAUUGCAUAACCUA